CCGGCAGUCGAACAGCUGUUCUGCCACAAGCUGACAAGAAGGGGAAGGGGGCGGGGUUUGCGCAGAAGCACGCCCCCUGUAGACAUACCCCCUUGUAUCUGGGGUUGGCUGGUAACGCGGUUCUCCUUGCUGUCAAUGCUGCAGGGGGUCCUGAGCCGAGCUGAUCAGCUGGAGCCGGGAUUCCUCCUUGUCCCACAGCAGUAAACACUCCGGGGCCAACAAGGGCCACAACCUCCCUCUUGGACCUCCUGUAGCCUGAGCUCCCAUUGGGCAAGAUGCCUUUAGCUCGCAGCCUGUCAGUCACCUCUCUCACCGGCCUGGAGGACUGGGAUGAUGACCUGGAUCUGGAAAAUUCCAUCCUGUUUGAGGUUGCCUGGGAAGUGGCCAACAAAGUGGGGGGCAUUUAUACAGUAAUUCAGACAAAGGCGAAGGUCACCACUGACGAAUGGGGAGAAAACUACUUUCUGAUUGGUCCCUACUUUGAAAAUAAUGUGCGCACUCAAGUGGAGCUGAUUGAGCCAACUCAUCCUGCCAUCAAACGUGCCCUGGACUCCAUGAAUGCAAAGGGAUGCAAGGUAUACUUUGGCCGCUGGCUGAUAGAAGGGAGCCCGUAUGUCAUCUUGAUUGACAUUGCAGCCACCGCUUGGAACCUUGACCGAUGGAAGACUGAACUCUGGGACAGCUGCGACAUUGGAAUUCCAUGGUACGACAGGGAAGCCAACGACGCCGUCCUCUUUGGGUUUCUCACAGCCUGGUUCCUCGGAGAGUUUUCAGCCCAAUGUGAGGAGAAGCCCUUUAUCAUUGCCCAUUUCCACGAGUGGCUUGCUGGUGUAGGCCUGUGUUUAUGCCGGAUACGGAAGCUCCCCGUGGCUACCAUAUUCACUACACAUGCCACCCUCCUGGGGAGAUACCUGUGCGCUGGAAAUGUAGACUUUUACAACAACCUGCAGUCGUUUAAUGUAGAUAAAGAAGCUGGAGACCGCCAGAUCUAUCACCGAUACUGUAUGGAACGAGCUGCUGUACAGUGCAGUCACGUCUUUACUACUGUGUCUCAAAUCACUGCCAUAGAAGCUGAACAUCUGCUGAAGCGCAAGCCUGAUAUUGUGACACCAAACGGUUUGAAUGUAAAGAAGUUUUCGGCCAUGCACGAGUUUCAGAACCUGCAUGCACAGAGCAAGGGUCGCAUCCAGGAGUUUAUCAGGGGGCAUUUUUAUGGACAUCUAGAUUUUAAUUUGGACAAGACUCUGUUUUUCUUCAUUGCUGGCCGCUACGAGUUCUCGAACAAAGGAGCGGACGUGUUUUUGGAGGCCUUGGCCAGGCUCAACUACCUUCUGAGGGUUAAUCACAGUGAAACAACCAUUGUUGCCUUUUUCAUCAUGCCGGCUCGAACCAACAACUUCAAUGUGGAAACUUUGAAGGGUCAAGCAGUGCGGAAACAGCUGUGUGAUACAGCCAACACGAUUAAGGAAAAGUUUGGAAAGAAACUAUAUGAGUCAUUACUAGUAGGGAAUUUGCCGGAUAUGAAUAAGAUGCUGGAUAAGGAGGACUUUACAAUGCUGAAGAGAGCCAUUUUUGCCACACAGAGACACUCCUUCCCCCCUAUAUGCACCCAUAACAUGCUUGAUGACUCUACAGACGCCAUUUUGAACACUAUCCGGAGGAUCGGCCUAUUUAACAGCAGCUCUGAUAGAGUGAAGGUUAUUUUCCAUCCAGAGUUCCUUUCCUCAACUAGCCCACUUUUGCCCAUGGAUUAUGAGGAAUUUGUACGUGGUUGUCACUUGGGAGUCUUCCCCUCUUACUAUGAACCUUGGGGGUACACACCAGCUGAAUGUACUGUCAUGGGAAUUCCCAGUGUUUCCACCAACCUCUCUGGAUUUGGAUGUUUUAUGGAGGAGCACAUUGCUGACCCCACUGCUUAUGGUAUUUACAUCCAAGACCGACGGUUCCGCUCAGUGGACGAAUCUUGCACCCAACUCACAUCCUUCCUCUACAGCUUCUCUCAGCAAACCCGGCGGCAGCGCAUCAUCCAGAGGAACCGCACAGAACGCCUCUCAGACUUGUUAGAUUGGAAGUACCUGGGGAGGUAUUACACGUACGCUCGACACAUGGCUCUGGCAAAGGCCUUCCCUGACAACUUCACAUACGAGCCUCAUGAACCAACAGCUGCUCAGGGAUUCCGCUACCCACGCCCGGCCUCUGUACCUCCGUCUCCAUCCCUAUCCCGACACUCCAGCCCGCACCACAGUGAGACAGAAGACGACGAACGAUACGACGAGGAGGAAGAAGCUGAGAAAGACCGUCAGAACAUCAAGCAGCCGUCCAUUACCUCCAUGGCCUCAGCCCCCGAGUGGCGCAGACGCUCCAAGAAAGGUUCCAUAGACGCCACCAACUCCAGUAAUGCCAGCAAUGCCAGCACACCCACCAACCCAAGCAGCCCAAGUGACCUCAGCAGUCCCACCAGCUCGCUUAUUGAAGAGCGGAACUAAAUGCUUCCGUAUCGGCGUAUCUUACACAUCAUGCUACAGCUCGUUGGUCAUCACCAAUGACAAUCACUAAUUAUGGACAAUAGCAAUGCAAGAGGAACUUUGUCAUUUAUCAUCACUCUCCUAUGUUAUAAACACCACCGUAUCACACCUGCAUUAUACUCCAGCUGCUUGUCACCUCCACACUUAGGUGGGAAUGUUAUUAAUUAUGUUCUUAUCAAACAUCUAUGACCUGAACUGAUGAAUUACCUAAAAUAGUCCACUGACUCCAUCAGGUUUCAGGUUUAGCACAAGAACCUUCCCACCUUACAGUCCUAUGUGAUUUCAGUGCAAUAACCCAGCGGGUGAUACUGUGUUCUCAAACUGAUAUGAUGGCGUAGGUUAGGUUUUCCAGUUUUGCUUUCUCUUCUUCUCCUGUUUCUCCACAAAGGUCUUCCACCAAGCUCAAGCAUUUGAAUUUUUCUGCUUCUGUGUACUGUAAGCCUGGCUGCUGCUGUUUGUCUCAGGGUAAUGUCUGGCUCCUUAUUUAAGGAUGAUUGUUGUAAAACUGCAAAAACAUACCAUGGCUUUACCCAUCAACCAAUCAUGGAAAGGAGAAAGAUCUGUGUUCCUCUGAAUCCCUUUGAGGUGUCAGUCUUUAGGUACAUGUCUGUCAUUCUCUUUGUGUUCUCUUUGUCCCAUGUUUACAGCCAUUUAUUGAUCCCUUGGGUGUGCUGACCCUGCGACUGUCCCACACGUAGCGCGGGGGGAGCUGUCUGAAUGAGAUGUAUAAGGAGUAUGUUGUCUCCAGAAAGAAUAGUAUUUAAAAAAAUAAAAUUUUAAAAUAUGAAA